AUGGGUGUUACCAAAACUACUCUCAAGGAGGGCUCCGGCGCUCAGCCCACCAAAAACCAGACCGUCACCAUUGAGUACACCGGCUGGCUGAAGGAUCCCAGCAAGCCUAACAACAAGGGAAGCCAGUUUGACUCCUCCGUCGGCCGCGGCGAUUUCGUCGUCAAGAUUGGUGUCGGCCAGGUUAUCAAGGGCUGGGACGAGGGCGUCAUGCAGAUGAAGGUUGGCGAGAAGGCCCUUCUCGACAUCACCUCUGACUAUGCAUACGGUGAUCGUGGAUUCUCUCCCGUCAUCCCCCCCAAGUCUGAUCUCCUCUUCGACGUCGAGCUGAAGAAAAUUGCCUAA